CUGCCUCACUGACUUCACUGAAGGCUGAAAAACUGCACUGUUUUGAUCCAAGCUCAGCCUCUUGCUAGUCAGAAAACAAUUCCAUGAUGGAUAACCAUGAGGAGUGCAGGCCACUCUAUCAGGCGUCUAUCUCUGCACACCCAAUUACAGGCCACACAUUGUGACAGAGGCAUCUUUUAAAUAGGUGCUGCAAACACUAAAUCUCAGGAAGCAUCUUGGACUGUCUUCUCUCAUUCAUUGAAUAUUUAUUCCUGUGGUGCCCAAAGGCCAUAUCCAAGAUCAGGGCUGUACUGUGCUAGGCAGUUUACAAAUACACAGAGUAAGAACCAGUCACUGACCAACGGGAUGAGAGCUUGUUUUCACAAGGGUCCUCUCAGAACCAAAAUGCUGCAAGUACUUUCCCCACUGAACCCUCCUGGGCUGUUUCACCCCUAGAGAGAUGCACCCAAAUGGCUUAGUCCAUGUUGCUUGAGCCCAGCAACAGCAAACCUGAAGCUAAACAAUGUGGCUAAAAUGUUACUUCCUGAAGAAUGGACUGUGGGAAAUUCCCAGAAUCCAAAACUGAUACAUAAGGCCAGACACCCAGCUGCUUAAAGAGGGCAAGACACUCUUGAAGUGGACAUCUCCGCCAACAGAAAUGCUGGAUGCCGAAACAUCAAGAGAAAGCCUGUGAGCUACAUUAUUAAGCCUUUGCUUGCCAUUUUCUGCAAUCCCAGCUCAGAGACCAUUAAAAGAAGCUGAGAGAUAUUGUUGGGAUUUCAAUCUAGACUGUUCGGAGACCCUCAGUUUAGCUGAGGCUUUUGUUCAAUUUUAAUUUCCCAGAAAAGUGUUUCCCAUUAGGACAAAAUAAAUUCAAAGCUUAGGGACAAAGGAAUUGUGUGCAUUAUGUGCACUGAGGUGGAGAGGAAUAUUGUGGGUUCCCAGCUGUCCUUGCAUUCAAUAUGACAUUGCCCAGAGCUAGCACAGACGAUGGGAAAGUGGGACAUUCUCUUGGAAGAGGAGGCUCCAUUACGUUAGCCCAACUAGCAGGCCAGACUCACUGCUGGGUUAAUAGUGCCCAUGUAGAGUAAAUAUUAGAGAUCUCAUGGGUAGGAAAAGUGCCACCCAAACCACUUGUGGUCCCUAAUUGGACCAUUCAGUGUUCCUAAGGCAUAGUAAUAGUGAAGUUUAAGAACAGAGGAGACACCGUCAGCUCUUUGGCUGGGAUAGUCAACCUUAAGACAAGCAGGAAGAAGACCAAGAGGAUGCAGUAUCCAGCCUGUAAAAGAAUUUUCAACUUUCACUUAUCUGCUCCAUCUCAAGGCAAGACUAUUCACCAACUGGGAGAUGUGAGAUCUGGGAAAGUGCUGCGAGGUGGACCACUCCCAGGACCCUACAGGCUGCGGCAGUUCCACUUUCAUUGGGGUUCUUCUGAUGACCAUGGCUCUGAGCACAUUGUAGAUGGAGUGAAAUGUGCAGCAGAGCUUCAUAUGGUACACUGGAAUCCGAAAUAUAGUAAUUUUGCUGGAGCUUUGAAACAACCUGAUGGCGUGGCUGUUGUGGGCAUUUUUCUGAAAGUUGGAAAAACUCCCAAACCAGAGAUGAAGAGAAUUCUUGAAGAAAUAGAUAAUAUUAAGACAAAGGGGAAAGAAGCUCCUUUUCCAAACUUUGAUCCAUCAAUUCUUUUCCCUAAAUCUCGGGACUAUUGGACCUACCAUGGCUCCUUCACUACACCUCCUUGUGAAGAGUGCAUUACCUGGAUUCUUCUGAGGGAGCCUAUUGAAGUCAGCCCAGACCAGAUGGCAAAGCUCCGUAGCCUUUCCAUCAAUGCUGAGACAGAACCUGCUCGUCCCAUGGUGGAUAAUUGGCGCCCUCCUCAGCCUGUGAAAGGAAGGGUGGUGAAAGCCUCUUUCCAAUAAAAUCUGUACUAAAACUGGGUGUCUUCGAGUGAGGAAAUUCCUACAUCUCAAAGCCUAGUUAGCUUUGUGCUCUCUACUGCUCUUCCUCUGGAGGCACAUCUGUUUCUGAUUCUGAAAUGCUGAGUAAUGAAAUGUCGUGGAUCAAUUAAUCUAAUUUUGAGAAGUCAAAAAUUACGUGAGGCAAACUCUAACCUUAACGUGAAAAUGUGGAAUCUGUGUUUGGAUCUCAAUAACAACUGUGUUAGCUUUAGCAGUAAUAUUUUUAUGGAUAUUUCUAAGGGAGAAAAACGGUAUAAUUACCAAUGGCUAGAAAAGGCAUUUUCCCACUAUCCUUAUGUUCUUUAGUGCUCAUCUUUUUCAAGACUAUAGAAGUUUCCAACUAAGAAACAAUGUCAUCUUAAUUUAAAAUGGGCAAUAUGGUCAAAUUCUAUUAUCAGUUGUACUAAUAUAAUCCAGUGGGAACUCCUGUGUGUAACUGAGGGCAGAGUUUUGGCCUUUGUAUUCAUGUAGAACUGUUGAGAGUACAAAGACUCACUAAAUUCCCAUAGAUAAUUAAAGCAAGUUAAGAUUUUAACAAACUGAAAGGUUAAUAUUGUACAGUUUUAUUGUGAAAAUUGAAAUCCAGGUGUUAGAUCAAACUAAGAGUAGAGAAUUUGUAGGCCUUCUUGAUGGACGAAACUGGAUAGAUUCUGUAGAAAGCCCUUUAGCAUCCUAAGUGUUAUUUCACUUCCAUUUUUAAUACUAUAACAUUUUACUUAUAUGUCUCAAGGCCAAAUUUUGUCCUCAUGCACAUAUGCAUUUGAGCCUGAUGUCACUGACAUUUGUGUGCAAGUAUCUGAGACCAGAACUUAAUUGAAUAUCUAAAAGCAAUUGACGGCUGUGUUCUCCUCCUUUGCUGUUGGACUCGUCUUAUGGUAGCAAAAGCAAUGAAACAGGACUGCAUGACUGCAGUUGAAGUAACAGCACCACUUCUGUCUUAGGACAACCAACACUAAUAAAUACUCUUAAAUAAGA